AUGCCUUACUACUCAGAAUAUCACGCCGGACGUUCAGAACGUGACGCCAACCCCCACGCCCUUUCUAAACCGACCUUCCCUACUAUAUCUGGAGACGUCCCCAACGAUAUGAACAACACCAACAACGACAACAGCACUGGUGACCUCGUCCUCCCGCAGCAGUCCCCUCGCAACAUGUCCGAACUCCUGGAGCCUGCCAUUGAUGGUCCUCCAUCGCCGGAGAGAAUUCGCCAAUUGAACGCCCAGAUGAAGCGAGCCUCUCAUCUCAAUCGGGGAUACGGUCACCGUGCUGCAUCGUCAAGCGCAUCAUCGUUACUGGUUACGGAACGUGCUAUCUGGGAACAGACAAUGGAUAACAUGCCCCUUUCUCGUCGCUCUUCGAACCGGUCUGCUGCUAGCAGAAGCCCCUCCCAGGAUCGACCCGAUAGUGUGCAAGUUAUGGGCAAGAACAUCUUUCACCGCCGCGCCAAAUCAAGCAAGUCUGGAAGAUCUAAGCGCGAGAGCAGUGCCCACAGCUCGUCCGGAAGUUCACUAUACUCUACUGAAGCACCCAGCGAAAGCUCUCUAGCUAAUCUCAAGGAGACUUUCAUGCCAACCAUCUUUGCCCGCCGCAAAACCUCUCGGGAUGAGACGGCCAUCCAGCGGAAGAUUCAGAUUUCUGGACCGUUCAAUUUCCAACAUGUAACACACACUCCUCGUGACCAGAUAGCCAGCCUCCAGCGUGGCAACCGACAGGAAUUGAUGGCAGAGCUUUCGACAUUGCGUGAUGCCGCAAUGCCCCGUCCCCCUCCGGUGCCCCGCCAGUCUGCACUUGUAUCCGGAGCUCGCCGCUUAAUGAAGCAUGCCCGGUCACAGGAGCAGCUCCGAGCCAGCCCGCCCCGACCGCCAGUCCGGCCCCCGAGAUCCCCCAUUGAGCAAAUUGCCUCUCCUGCUUUUGGCCCAGUACCGCCGCCGCGAGUUUCGAGCCGACAGUCUAUGCACCGAAAUGGCAGUCCAACGUCGGAUCUGGAUCGGCCGCAGACCAGUGGUGGCUUCCGCCGACCUCAACCCUUCAGCCCCGAGGAGAGCCCGGACGAGCUCCCGACGACGUCUCAUGGUUACAUGCCUGAAUCUGAUUUCAUGCCCGUCGACGAGACUCGAUUCUCGCAUGCCCUGACCACCCCCGACGAUGCUGCUUGGCCUUUGACCACCCCUGGUGGUACAUCAUAUGAAUCGCCCCUAGCGGAUGUGCCAGAGGAAGAGGAGCAUUUCGUUUUCACCCAUCGUCCGCGGGCCAGCCUUGCCAGUAACACCUCAUCCCUUCGAGCUAGCCAGUCUGUUCCGGCCCUUCGCACCAUGUCUCAUCGGAUGAGUGGGGCCUCGGAUACCCUGGGACCCUUGGAGACGUCUAUUACCCACCGCGCGAGCAGAAGCGGGCAGCUGGAUGGCAGUGGGCCGGUAUCGCCAAUCAGAGAGAGUUGGGAGGAUGACAUCGACUACUGCUACGAGCAUGAGGCUGAUGCCAACUUCAACUACGAAUGGGAGCGGCCGUCGUUGGAUGUCGGACGCGAGAACAUGGCGCCCCCUGUUCAGGUGGCUCUGGCUCUGGUGAAUGAUGAGCUGAGUGAGGCGCCAAGCACCAGCACUGAUCACUCAUCGCCCGGUAUGCUGUCCGCGUCCCGUCACGAGGUCCCGGCUCUAAGCCCUGCUAGUCAAGCAUCCCCUUUCGUUGGCCAUGAGGCCACAACCCCCCUUUCAACAACGGCAGUCAAGAAUAACUUCUCGCUGCCGCGAGGGGAGAGAGUAAGCCGACCGCCUAAUCUGAAACACAUCCGCUCCGAUUCUCGUGCCUCGAGCUUCAAGGAGUGCCACGGCUUCACGUUGUCUCCAUCGCUGCUUAUCCCUGGUGACUAUCACCACCAGAUGCUCCUCACAGAAGCCGAGAAGCUGGAAUAUCCCAACGACGACGAGUUCCGCAACAAAUUCUUCAAGUCCAAUGCUUUCUACGAGGACAGCCUCGAAGUGGCGAACCAGGCGUCGCCUUUCAUGCUGCAGCAGCGAGCCAGCGUUUCAACAACGGCCACCAACUCGACAACCAUCUCUGACUCCACCGGAGAGCGUCAUGUCUCGACCAACUCGACCUGGACAACCCUGACCCGGCUCACUAGCAGCACGUCGCUCAACAAGAUGGCAGGGUCCUGGUCGGAGACGACGGGCGACCGCGUGCCGGGAACCCACCUCGCCGACCCACACGAGGAUAGCGACCAGGAGGCCGAGGAAUCAACCCCGCCCGCGUCCCAGGAUAAGGAUACCGUUCCUGAGCUUACGCCUUUCCCGUCGAUGCCGGUAGGAAAGCGGUCUUUGCACAAGAGCCACGCCAGCGAGUCAAUUGUCAGGGACGAGAUGCCGCCCAUGAAGUCCCCGGAUCCUACCAAGACUCGUCGGCCUCGUGCCAGGACGACAAGUAUGAGCGCCCAGGCACCCCCUGUCGGACAGUACGCUCUUUUCCCCCGCUCGUAUAUCAAGGGCAAUGGUGACCGAAUCUAA